GUAUUAUUUUCAGUGUAAAAUGGCGCUUUCCAAAGUAACAAGUGCUUUUUACAAAACUUUUGCAAAAAGAUGUUUAAGUACUAAAUCUGAUUUCAUUAAAUCCUCUCUACCAGAUGUGGAUAUUCCACGAAUUAGUUUGGUUGAGUAUGUUAUGAAAGAUUUUGGAAAGUGGGGAAAUAAAGUAGCUGUGGAAUGUGCAGAAACUGGAAAUAAAUAUACUUAUAAUGAUAUUCAAACUAAAUCCUUUCAAUUAGCCAAAUCGCUUAAAAAUAUAAAAUUACAACAAAAUGAUGUGAUAGCCUUAAUUCUACCCAACAUUCCUGAGUUUCCUAUAUCCAUCUUAGGUUCAAUGUUGGCAGGGUUAAGAAUAACCACAGUUAAUCCAUCUUAUACCUCAACGGAAAUUCAGCGACAACUUUUAGAUGCUGAUGCAAAAGCUAUUAUAACUUUUGGAAGUGUUGUUGAAAAUAUUCAAAAUGCGGUCAAGACCACAACAAAGAGAACUAUACCAAUUAUUACAAUUAAGUCUUCAGCUAAUGAGGCUUUACCAAACAAUACCAUAUCAUUUUCUGAUUUAUUAACUGGUGACACAAAAGGUUUUUCUGAAAAUUUAUUGGGUUUUGAUGACAUUGUAGUAAUGCCUUAUUCAAGUGGUACAACCGGUUUACCAAAAGGCGUUGAAUUGACCAAUAUGAAUUUGGUAUCAAAUAUUACUCAAUUUCUUUCGCCUGCAUAUGGAUAUUUAGAGGAAGCUAGUGAAACUCAUCAGGAUGUUCUUCCCGCCAUUUUACCAAUUUAUCAUAUUUAUGGAUUCACUUUACAAACUUUAGCAUUAUUGAUGAAAGGGUGCAAAAUUGUUACAUUAUCAAAAUUCACCCCAGAAUUGUAUUUAAAGUCCAUUGUUAAUCACAAAGCAAAUAUUUUAAUGGUAGCACCUCCAGUUGUAAUGUUCUUAAAUUCUCAUCCUUCUGUCAAAAAAGAACAUCUUCAACAUAUACGUUCUAUAAUGUGUGGAGCUGCUCCAUUAGGUGCCAGUGAUGAGAAUAAAAUUCGUGAUAAAGUCGGUCAUAAAUUAAGCAUAUAUCAAGGUUUAGGAUUAACUGAAACUUCUCCUGCAAUUAUAAUGAUCCCAGCCCAUCGUGAAGGUACAGUUCACGGAAGUAUCGGCCACCCAUUUCCUAACACAACUGUAAAAGUGGUUGCUUUAGAAGACAAUAAUUUAAAACAUCUUGGACCAAAUGAAACCGGUGAAUUAUUAGUUAAAGGUCCACAAGUUAUGGCUGGAUAUCAUAACAACCCCAAAGAAACUUCGGCAGCUUUUAUUGAUGGCUGGUUUCGCACCGGAGAUAUGGUUAAAUACAAUGAAGAUGAAAUGUUUUUUGUUGCUGAUAGGAUUAAAGAGUUAAUAAAGGUGAAAGGGUAUCAAGUUGCUCCAGCUGAGUUGGAAGAAACUAUACGUAGUUUUGAAGGAGUUGCUGAAGCCGCUGUAAUUGGUGUUCCGCAUCCUAAAUUUGGUGAAGCCCCGAGAGCGUAUAUUAUGCCUAAACAAGGUGUGAAAAUUGAUUUGAAAAAAUUAAAUGAUUAUGUUAAAGCAAAUUUGGCUUCGUAUAAACAACUGGAAGGUGGAGCGGUGAUCGUGGAUAUGAUUCCGAAAAAUCCAUCAGGAAAAAUUAUGAGGAGGCAACUUAAGUUAAGAUUUGAAGAAAAUGGAUUUUAAAUAAACACAUUUUUAAGUAUUUUUGAUAUUAUAAUAAAAGCAUCUUUUAUACUCCUAACGUACUAAAUAAACUGUGUAAUUUAAUA